CACUUUGUGCAUAGAAUUGCGAAAAAGAUGCGGACCCAAUGGAUAGGUAACUCAUGCUAGCCCCGAUUUCAUUACGCUAAAUCGGCUUAGCCUACUAAAUACUCCACAUCAACAGCGCUAUGAACGUCAGUUUUCAAUCUCAACCUCUUUCCUCUUAAAAUUCAUACAGAGCAAAAAUGAGAAGGAAAAAAAAGAUAACAAUCUAGACCAACCCAAUUCACUUCCCCGUUGGAGAUAGUGACGGUUUUAGCCAAAUAGAAAAAGAGAAAGAGAAAGAGAAAAAAAAAACUUGAAAAAUUAUUCAAUAACGAAGAGGACACUAUCAACGCGUUUUGUCAUGGAACAUCGCAUCCAAAGAGAAAAUCAACUCAAGCACUAGGUUAUCGAACACGCCUUACGUAACCGUCCAAUUCAUCAAGAACAACCACAAGGAAGCAGAUCCUUUCCUUUCUAAUCGUCAAUCAUGUCGCGAAAGUCUUCCGACAGCACGGUGACAGAGAAAUUCCCUGAGAUACCUGAUAUCAGCCUCACAGCGCCAUCGCCAAUGCCUGAUACUACUACCACGGCAAGCGCGCCUGCUGCUGUUCCUUCACGAAUUCCUUCUCGACAUGGAUCACGACAUGGAUCUCGUGUACAUUAUGCCUCGAACAUAGAUACCACCAGCCCAACACAAGCGCCCUACAACUCCAUGUCCCCCAACACCGGGUUCCGACGCCGAAUGAGUCGAUCCAAUACAUUCAGGACAGUGGAAGAAUUUGAGGACUUCGAAAGUCAGCCAGGUUGGCGGCCAGGUGCCGAACCUGGUAUUGACCCUUCGAAGCCUGAUGGUGGACAAGAAACCGUGCCAGACCUCCAUGCCGAAUGUCAGAUUACCGUUGUCGACUACUCCCAAGAUCAGUUGGAGGUCCAUGAGCUAGACAAUGCCGAACUCAUCGAAUUUGUCAAGCAGCCACAGCCAAGCUGGGUGAAGUGUCGGUGGAUUAAUGUCAAUGGCCUAUCAUGGGAUGUCAUACAAGCACUAGGUCAAUAUAAAGACCUCCACAGGCUGGCAAUCGAGGAUAUCAUGAAUACGAGGAAUCGAACCAAAGCAGAAUGGUAUGCCAACCACGCAUUCAUCAUCCUCACUUGCCAGAAAUUGGUCCGCUUGAUCGAAGACGAUAGCAGCGACGACGAAAGCUCAGAUGAUGAGUAUGAGGAGCCAAGCAGUAAAGGCAACUCUGUGACCAAAACUUUCAAAAAAUGGUUCACUAAGAAGAAGGUGGAACAUCCUACAGCAGCUUCGGUACUUGAGAGCGGUGCGAGGGUGCCUCCGGCGACUGGCCACAGCUUCACGCAUCAGCCUACGGGGUUCUCUGAUGUUUUUAACCCCAACACGCUAUGUACGCUACAAAGAUAUCAUGCUUCACCCAACACGGCUCGAACAGAGUAUAUGGAGAAGCAUUCGGCGAUGGUAUCUAGGGGCGUGGCAGUUAUGGCCGAGCAAGUUGCUAUGUUCAUCACCUCGGAUAACACAGUCAUCGCCUUCUUUGAACAGUCAGCCGACGACGUGGAAAAGCCAAUCCUCUCUCGCCUGGCGAGUCCAACCACAAUCUUGCGACAGUCUUGCGACGCUUCCAUGGUGGCCCAAGCUAUCAUCGACGCGAUCAUCGAUAUGGCCAUACCUGUUACGGCGUGCUAUUCCGAUGUUGUAGGUGAUCUAGAACUUGACGUUCUUACUCAUCCGUCGAUUAAGCAUACCAAGGCCCUGUACAUCAUUGUGUCCGAAGUCAAUAAGAUGUUCAGUCUUGUCAAUCCCAUACAAACGCUCAUCAACGCGUUGCGCGACCACAAGACGAAACUGACCGCGGAAGAUGUUACCAGAGAGUUACAGAAUCCACUGGGGGGUGUUAUUAUCACUGGAAUGACAUACACCUACCUAGGCGAUGUGUACGAUCACUGUAUUCUCAUUACAGAAAAUCUUACCCAGAUCAAAGAAUCGGCUAACCAUAUGAUCGACCUGAUCUUCAACACCAUUGCCACAUCCCAGAACGAGAGCAUGAAACAGCUCACUAUUGUAACAAUCAUCUUUCUGCCCAUGACCUUCUUGACUGGUUACUUUGGGCAGAAUUUCGAACAUUUCAGCGCCCUCGAACUUGGUGUAUCGUACUUUUGGUAUAUCGCAGUUCCUGUUGCAAUAGCGACGUUCUUGAUCGUGAUGCGAGAGAUGAUAUAUGAAUGGAUGGUUAGAUUCUUCCAACGUAGACAUAUCCUCGGCGUUAGAAAGCGACGGAAGGAAGGGGUCGAGCGGGCCAAGCGAAACAGAAGGCCACAACCGCCGCGGAAAUUCUUGUGAAUUUUCAGGAGGAAAAUUUUGUCGAAUUGGUCGUACUCGGGGGGUUUUUUUUUUUUGCAUAAAUGAUACCUACCUACCUAGACAGGCGCUUUUGUAUAUAGUAGAGGCCAUUGCUUGUUGGCCGGACCAGAUUUUGCAUAUAAACAAAUGAUACCCCUGUGGAAAUACGGUAAUGUGAAGAGGAACGCUUUUUGUGGAAGCGAAAGGAGAUGUUGGCUCUGACGACUUUUUGGCGACCUCGGGAGGAUCCAUGUGUGACGUGAAACCCCUGAAUGCGACAGUUGGUAAACUCCCCAAAGCCUAGGUACCUAUCAU